AUUUCGACAGUUGGUUAGAGUUUUAAAUACUAUAUACAUAGAACUUUAGUUGUUAAAAGAUCAACAAAUUUUAUUGUGUGCCUUUGGUUGAUUCAAUAUAUUUUAUAUAAUUUUUCAAUAUGCGAAAAUUUAUUCUUAUUAGAACUUAUAAAGAAGAAGAUGAAUCGGUAUGCAAAGAAUUACUUAAAGCUAGUGUAAUGUAUUCGCUAAGUCAUACCUUUCUUGGAUUUUUAUUUGGAAUAAAUAUUAUACGACUAAUAAAUAUAUUAUUUAUACUGUUCAUGAUAAUACUCUUGUUUAGAGGAUUUCCUGUGGUUUAUUGUAGUAUGAUUAUAUUUCUGCCAGCAAUUGUAUUAUACAUUUUGUUAUAUGUAGCGUUUUCGUAUGAAGCCAGACUUGUGGGAAAUGAAGUAUCUGAAAUUCCACGGAUUUACACGUCCGAUAAUUCUUCAUGUUUUUGGAUAGCGGAAGCAUAUCAUGAUUACUCAUUAAAUGAUCAGGAUCAAGAUCAGCCAUAUAUAUUCAUGACAGAGGAAGAAUUGAUUCAAUGUAAUAUUGAUGUAUCAGAAUAUUAUAUAGAAAUUGUAGGUAUUAUGUCAUUCUGUAAAAAUAUUCCGGAUACAACACUUGGUUGUAUUAAAAAUUUCUAUGUAAAGAAAUACUAUAGAAAGAAUGGUAUAGGAAGUCAUCUUAUGAAUCGAACUCUGUAUUUCGCACAUGAACACGGAAUUGGAUGUGUUAAAGCGACUGUUUCUCAAUAUCAAAAACAUCUUAUGAAUUUUUUUAAUACGAGAAAUUUCACUGUAAGUAUUAUACGUGAUCAAUCAUCAUUAAUAUCAGUUACGUUCUAUGAAUAUGUAUUUCGAACAAGGCCUACUCAUUUAGAUAUUUAGAAAUUGACGUAAUGCACAAUCUAUGCCAAAAAAUUAA